AUGUCUGCCGCGCUCUACACCUACACGGGAGUCUGGAUCAACUGGUCCGAGGGAGCGAUCCGGGGAGCCACCUUGACUUUGUCGCAGACCGGCUCCGGCAUUCUGAGCGCCUUUUUAGCUAUACUUGUCUCCCUGGCAGGCAGCCUGUUCUGGAGCAUUCUGAGCUUUGCACUUCAUCAGACGGGGACCACAGCUCCCGAUCGGCGGCGGGAUGCUCUUCACUACCAGCGACAGGUCAUCCUGCGCAACAAAGGUGCAGCCGCCGCGGCCUGGGCUUUGAUCAAGUUACCAUUUGAGAGCGGGCGAACAGCGUCAAAGCUCAGGGCUGUGGGGCGAUCGCUACCACUGGCCCUGCUACCAAUCCUCGUUCUCAUCCUGUUCGGAGUAUCUGGUCUGUUCACAAGUUACAUCACCAAGGCGGCCGGCCAUUCGACGCUCAUCAUCGGCCCAGGCUGUGGAGGCUACUCGUUCAACGCCACAGAUGUGACCGUCAGUAACACCAAGAGUCUGCAGGAUACCUACGACGCUGCCACGUACGUCCGCCGGUGCUACCUGGAGAACGCGAGUGAACUCGACUGCAGCACCUACGUCCGGCCCAGCCUGCCGUUUACCACAAACCCAAAUGCAUCCUGCCCAUAUUCCCCCGAUCUGUGCGCGUACAACGGCAAAUCGGCCCUGCAAAUGGACACGGGCCUGCUGGAUUCGCACGAGGACUUUGGCAUCAACGCACCCCCGCGUAACCGCAUAAAAUACCGGCGAGUCACCACCUGUGCCCCAGUCAAGCACGGGUCCGGGCUAGGGAGCGUCCAGAACGACUCAAUAUGGGGCCAGAUCGUCUACAUCCAUGCCGGAUAUCAGUAUUACAUGGGUGAGCCGUACCUGAACUACACAUUCUCGUACACUCCGAUCCCCAGCGUCGAUGGAGUGGGCUACACACUAAGCGCCGUCUUCGCCAAAUCCGACCCCAGCGGACUCCUGAACGGCCUCGAGUCAUGGAAGCCGACCGACGCGAUCAACCAAACCGACGCGGACAUCACGAUGAUGAUGCUCAACCAGAACAACAUCAACUACCUGCAACCCAGCUACGACCCGUGGAUGACGGCGCUCGAACAGCAGAACUACAGCAUCGAGGGAACGAACGUCACCUCAUCGAUGUGGACCAAGAGCUACGAGGUGAAUCUGAUGGUAUGCACCGACCAGUACCAGAUCUGCAACCCCAACCGGCCCGGGCCGGACGGGUGCACCAAACUCGGCGGGAUCUUGAGCACCUCGCUGUCCACCUUCACCGUCGACCCGACCAAGUUCCUCGGGUUCAACGUGUACCAAAUCGCGACGAUCGGCCGGUUCCUGUCCGGGAACAACGAUCGGAGCAUGUACUCCAACGUCAACGGCCGCGGCGGCGCAGCGUUGAACGGUGAGUAG